GAUCCGUCCCCCGUUACACCCCUCAAGAUGUCUCACUGCAAGUUUGAGCACCCUCGUCACGGGUCGCUGGGUUUCCUGCCCCGUAAGCGUGCCGCUCGUCACCGCGGAAAGUGCAAGGCUUUCCCCAAGGAUGACCCCAAGAAGCCCGUCCACCUCACUGCUCUCCUUGGCUACAAGGCCGGCAUGACCCACGUCGUCCGCGACCUCGAGAAGCCCGGAUCUAAGAUGCACAAGCGUGAGAUUGUCGAGGCCGUUACCGUCGUCGAGACUCCCCCCAUGGUUGUCGUCGGUGUCGUCGGCUACGUCGAGACCCCCCGCGGCCUCCGAUCCCUCACCACCGUCUGGGCCGAGCACCUCUCGGACGAGGUCAAGCGUCGCUUCUACAAGAACUGGUACCGCUCCAAGAAGAAGGCUUUCACCAAGUACGCCAAGAAGCACUCGGAGAACGGCGGCCAGGGCAUCGCCCGCGAGCUCGAGCGUAUCCGCAAGUACUGCACCGUCGUCCGUGUCCUUGCCCACACUCAGAUCCGCAAGACGGGCCUCAAGCAGAAGAAGGCGCACCUCAUGGAGAUCCAGGUCAACGGUGGCUCCGUCGCCGACAAGGUCGACUUCGCCAAGAACCACUUCGAGAAGACUGUCGACGCCCAGUCCGUCUUCACCCCCGACGAGUCCAUCGAUGUCAUCGGUGUCACCAAGGGUCACGGUUACGAGGGUGUCACCGCUCGUUGGGGCACCAAGAAGCUGCCUCGCAAGACGCACCGUGGUCUCCGUAAGAUCGCCUGUGUCGGUGCUUGGCACCCUGCCUCGAUCCGCUACACCGUGCCCCGUGCCGGUCAGGACGGAUACCACCACCGUACCGAGCUCAACAAGAAGAUCUACCGCAUUGGCAAUGGCUCGUCGGAGACUUCGGGCUCGACUGACACGGACAUCACCAAGAAGACGAUUAACCCCAUGGGCGGCUUCCCCCACUACGGUAUCGUCAACAACGACUUCAUCCUCCUCAAGGGUUGCGUCGUUGGUACCAAGAAGCGUGUCUUGACCCUCCGCAAGUCCCUCUCUCCUCCCACCACCCGCUCGGCCCUCGAGAAGGCUUCGGGCUCGCUCAAGUUCAUCGACACUUCGUCCAAGUUCGGUCACGGUAUCUUCCAGACCCGCGAGGAGAAGGUCGCCUUCGAGGGUGCUCGCAAGAUCCGCGUCCUCCCCACGACUACCACCUCGUAAAUGUUUGGGACGUCAGCGUGGUAUGCCCACCGCCUUGCUUCCUCUCUUUUCUCUCUCACC